AAAUCCAAUUACAGCAACCAUUAAAUCUAUACAUAUAAACUGUAAUUCCACAGAGCCAACUUCUUUUUAUACAUAGAAAAAGGAGAAUAUGAAGGCGUCAUAUAUUGCAUGGUGUGCAGUGAUGGUGAUCCUCUUGGCAGAAGCAGUAGAGGUGUCAACGGCGGUGACAUGCAGCCCAACGCAGCUGAGCUCCUGCGUGAGCGCCAUAACAUCUUCAUCUCCACCAUCUCAACUGUGCUGUAGCAAGAUCAAGGAGCAGAAGCCAUGCCUUUGCCAAUAUCUUAAGAACCCUAACCUUAAGAAAUUUAUAAACACUGGCAAUGCCAGGAAGGUUGCUUCCACCUGUGGGACUCCUUUCCCUAAGUGCUAAGCUAGACUCUUUGCUGAAGGCUUUCUUUCUCUCUAUUUUCACUGCAGAAUGGAUAGAGAGAAAGUACUAUAAUUAUUAAUAUUAUGUAGUUGUGGUGUGUGGAAUAUAUAUAUAUAUAUAUAUAUAUAUAUAUAUCGUUUUGCUGCUUCUAGUAUAUAUUAAGCACUAAGAUUAGCUCUGUGGAAAAUUAAAAAAAUGUUGGGCGUCAUGGUUCGUUGACUGUUUGUGUGUGGUCUAUCAUGUUCAUGUUGUACUAGCUAGUAGUAGUUAUUGUUGCACAAGCACUAGUUUUUAAUAGAAUUUCAGUUUUGGAUUAUUAUUACAUAA